GGGGAUCUGUGUGCGAAAAUGGCGACGUCUCGUCGCACUUCCCAGCAGCAGCAGCAACAACAACAAAACUUAUCAUCGCCUCCGAGACCGGGAUCUAGUCCUCAUACGCCCCCCGAAUCACCCCCGGACACUGGCAGAUCUGCUGCCGGUGCUGAGCCGGAGAGUCUCGGGGACCCGGAGAUCACUCCCGAAACCUCCGCUCCGCUCCUUAGCACCACCACCAGCAGCAGCAGCAGCAGCAGCACCACCACUAGCCCCAGCAGCACUAGCUCAUCUACCACCGGCGGGGGCAGUAGUGCGGGAUCCACUCCCGACUCCGGUAGUGCCAGUCCUGGAGGCAGCGGCUGCGGGACGAGUGGGGCUUUUAGGGAGCUGUUUGAGGCCUGCAGGAAUGGGGACGUGUCCCGGGUAAAAAAACUUGUGGAUUCGGUCAAUGUAAACGCGAAGGACAUGGCCGGUCGCAAGUCCACCCCGCUUCACUUCGCUGCAGGUUUUGGAAGGAAAGAUGUUGUGGAGCAUCUUCUGCAGACGGGGGCGAAUGUGCAUGCGCGAGACGAUGGAGGUUUGAUUCCGUUGCACAACGCCUGUUCCUUCGGUCACGCCGAGGUGGUCAGUUUGCUGCUUUGUCAGGGGGCCGAUCCAAACUCCAGAGACAACUGGAAUUACACUCCGCUCCAUGAAGCUGCCAUCAAGUGUAAAAUAGACGUUUGCAUCGUGCUGCUCCAACACGGCGCCGAUCCAAACAUCCGCAACACAGAUGGGAAGUCUGCCCUGGACCUGGCUGACCCAUCCGCCAAAGCCGUGCUGACCGGCGAAUACAAGAAGGACGAACUCCUGGAAGCUGCGAGGAGCGGAAAUGAAGAGAAGCUCAUGGCUCUGCUCACGCCGUUGAACGUCAACUGCCACGCCAGCGACGGUCGUAAGUCAACAUCUCAAAAAAUGCUGUCCACUCCACUGCACCUGGCGGCUGGAUACAACCGGGUCCGGAUAGUUCAGCUUCUGCUGCAACAUGGCGCUGAUGUUCAUGCCAAGGAUAAAGGUGGUCUUGUUCCUUUACACAACGCUUGCUCGUAUGGACACUAUGAAGUUACAGAGCUACUGCUGAAGCACGGAGCGUGCGUCAACGCCAUGGACCUAUGGCAGUUCACCCCUUUGCACGAGGCUGCCUCGAAGAAUCGCGUGGAGGUUUGUUCGCUACUGCUAAGUCAUGGAGCUGACCCCACGCUGGUCAACUGUCAUGGGAAGAGCGCGGUGGACAUGGCCCCGACCCCAGAGCUCAAAGAGAGGCUCACAUACGAGUUUAAGGGUCACUCUCUGCUCCAGGCCGCACGGGAGGCAGAUAUGACAAAGGUGAAAAAGACCCUGGCUCUGGAGAUCAUCAACUUCAAGCACCCGCAGACGCAUGAGACAGCACUGCACUGUGCCGUCGCCUCACCCCACCCGAAAAGAAAACAGGUUGCUGAACUGCUGCUACGGAAAGGAGCCAACGUCAUCGAAAAGAACAAAGAUUUCAUGACGCCUCUCCAUGUGGCAGCAGAACGGGCGCACAAUGACAUUAUUGAGGUGCUGCAGAAACAUGGGGCGAAGAUUAAUGCCGUAGACACACUGGGCCAGACGGCAUUGCAUCGAGCGGCUCUGGCUGGACACUUGCAGACGUGCAGGCUGCUGUUGAGUUAUGGAGCCGACCCGGCCAUCGUCUCUCUGCAGGGCUUCACGGCCGCGCAGAUGGGAAACGAAGCUGUGCAACAGAUUCUGAACGAAAACAUUCCAGUGAGGAACUCAGAUGUGGAUUAUAGACUUUUAGAAGCAGCGAAAGCUGGAGACUUGGACACUGUGAAGCAACUUUGCUCCCCUCAGAAUGUGAACUGUCGAGACCUGGAGGGCCGACACUCCACGCCGCUCCACUUCGCCGCCGGCUACAAUCGAGUGGCUGUGGUGGAGUACCUGCUGCACCACGGCGCAGACGUCCACGCCAAAGAUAAAGGUGGUUUGGUGCCUCUGCAUAAUGCCUGCUCGUAUGGACAUUACGAGGUAGCGGAGCUCCUGGUGAGGCACGGCGCUUCCGUCAACGUUGCCGAUCUGUGGAAGUUCACCCCGUUGCAUGAAGCCGCGGCUAAGAGCAAAUACGAGAUCUGCAAACUGCUUCUGAAGCACGGAGCAGACCCCACCAAGAAGAAUCGGGAUGGAAACACUCCGCUGGAUAUGGUGAAGGAGGGAGACACAGAUAUCCAGGACUUGCUGAGGGGAGAUGCAGCGCUUUUGGACGCCGCCAAAAAAGGCUGCCUGGCCCGGGUCCAAAAACUGUGCAGCUUGGAGAACAUCAACUGCAGAGAUACGCAGGGGCGCAACUCCACUCCCCUGCACCUGGCAGCUGGCUAUAAUAAUCUGGAGGUGGCGGACUAUUUACUUGAGCAUGGCGCAGAUGUCAAUGCGCAGGACAAAGGUGGCCUUAUUCCUCUCCACAACGCGGCCUCUUACGGGCAUGUAGAUAUCGCCGCCCUGCUGAUCAAAUACAACACUUGUGUAAAUGCCACCGAUAAAUGGGCGUUCACGCCGCUUCACGAGGCUGCGCAGAAGGGCCGCACACAGCUAUGCGCUUUACUGCUGGCACACGGGGCCGACCCCACCAUGAAGAACCAGGAGGGCCAGACACCGCUGGACUUGGCCACGGCUGAUGAUAUCCGGGCACUGCUUGUUGAUGCCAUGCCACCUGAAGCUCUGCCCAGCUGUUUCAAGCCUCAGGCUACAGUUGUCAGUGCCUCUGUCAUAUCUCCAGCCUCUACGCCCUCCUGCCUAUCCGCCGCCAGCAGUAUAGACAAUCUGGCCGGGCCCCUGGCAGAGCUGACUGUACCUGGAGCCUCAGGCCCUGCUGAUGGAGCCACUGGAUCAGAGAGGAGAGAGGGAGAAAUUGCAAUUCUGGACAUGAACAUCAGUCAGUUUCUCAAGAGCUUGUGUUUGGAGCACAUGCGGGAUAUUUUCGAGCGAGAACAGAUCACCCUGGAUGUGCUGGCUGAUAUGGGACACGAGGAGCUCAAGGAGAUCGGGAUCAAUGCGUACGGGCACAGACACAAACUUAUCAAAGGCAUUGAGAGGCUGCUGGGCGGUCAACAAGGUGCCAACCCAUACCUGACAUUCCACUGUGCAAGUCACGGCACGGUGCUGAUCGACUUGGCCACUGAUGAUAAAGAAUUUCAGUCCGUAGAAGAGGAACUGCAAAGUACGAUCAGAGAGCACAGGGAUGGUGGUAAUGCUGGAGGGGUUUUCAGCAGGUACAACAUCCUAAAAAUUCAAAAGGUGGUGAACAAGAAAUUAAGGGAAAGAUACACACACAGACAGAAGGAGAUCGCAGACGAGAACCACAACCACCACAACGAGCGCAUGCUCUUUCACGGGUCACCAUUCAUCAAUGCCAUCAUCCACAAAGGCUUUGAUGAGAGGCAUGCUUAUAUAGGGGGAAUGUUCGGGGCUGGGAUCUACUUCGCAGAAAAUUCCUCAAAAAGCAACCAGUAUGUCUACGGCAUCGGAGGAGGGACGGGUUGCCCGGCACAUAAAGACCGGUCCUGUUAUAUCUGUCACAGGCACAUGUUGUUCUGUCGGGUGACUCUGGGUAAAUCCUUCUUGCAGUUCAGUGCCAUGAAAAUGGCCCACGCCCCUCCGGGUCACCAUUCCGUCAUCGGUCGACCAAGCGUCAAUGGCUUAGCCUAUGCCGAAUAUGUCAUCUACAGAGGGGAACAGGCCUACCCAGAGUACCUCAUCACAUACCAGAUCAUCAAGCCAGAAAGCACACCUCCAUCCCCAGCAGCAGAGCAGCAGAAAUCCUGAACAUCAGCAGGGCCCAUGAAGACCACUCAGACUGUUUCCUAAACAUUUCAUACACACGCUUCAGACAUCUGCCCACUUCCUCUGCCCUGUCAGGAUAAAAGGAUUCAUACUUACCCAUAAUCCUCUGCGCUGCCUCUUUUAUUUGGCGUUUCUUUUCCCAUGAGUGUUUACAAGAAAGAGUUGCCUUGGUCAGCUGUGUUCUGACUCUCUGUAGUCUUUUUCAAGUCAGGAUAUCAGUCCCACACUGUUUCAGGGCUAACAGGAAGGAGAGAAAUAUUUCUUUUGAGCUUCGUGACAGACAACAAGUGACCUCUUUCCCAUCAUUAUGCUCAAUUUAACACUGUUUAACAAGCAUUACAAUUUAUUAUGCUUCCUUUAUUUGAAAUUGUUUCACUAUUACUGUGAUUUGUUGUUUUAUUAUUUUCCACAAUGUAAGUCACACUAAGAAAAUGGACCACGUCUCGUUUAUACUUCAAAGGGGCCCGAUAUCUUAUUCACGGCUCUUUUCUCGUCAUUUUUCUUCAUGCAUUGUUACAUUAAAAGCCUUAGAGGGUUUUUGAGAGCAAACCGAAUGUUAAUUCGGAGACCAGUACUGAAAGGCCUUUGACAGCAAAAUAGAAAAAACGUACAUGCUCGGUACUCAUGUUUUUACAUUUCUUUGCACAGGAAUACUAUUCAGAAUGUUUCAUUUAAUUGCCAUAGCCCAAUCAGAAAAUCCAUUUUUAAGAAUUUGCACUUUUAAGCAGGACUUAAGUUAUUCAAAAUCAUUUUAAAAUGAUGUAGGAAAACAUGUCCAGUAAUGUACAGGUUGUGUAAUGGACAAUGCCUUUGUAUAGCUUUUAAUGUUGUUUACUGAUGCAGAGUGGGUUUAAUAGUACUGUAAAGGAAGUGGGAAUUAUUUCUUUCCUUCUAUAUUUUCGGAUAAUCCUUGACUAAGUGACUUUGGUCUCACUAUGUUUUAGAUCACAACCACCUGAAUUCCUAAAUCUUCAUUCCAGUACAGUUGCUCUCGUGCCAGAGAAACGCCUUUUUUCAGAGGAUCUCUGGAACAUUUUUCCUGCUACACACUACUGAUAUAUCAGCAUAUUCACAUUCAUGUUACAGAAUGAUAUGAAGGACAUGUUGUUUGGACGUGGCUCUACCUCUGGAAGUCUCUGCUCUCGAGGAGUUCAUUAGACUUUCAUAAGAUUAGCUGGUUUGAUUGACUUUGCUCAGGUGGGGUUUGUGGUUCUGUAUCUGCUUUACUUCAGGCCAUCGGUGUUCAAACCGGAUUGAGAGACUCAGACAUUUUCUCCUCUCGGUAUGAGCAAAGACUUCAACUGCACAGGAGAGAAACUUUCAUUUCCAACACGAUUUCUCAGUUCUCGGAGUUGUGUUUUUACUUUUCAUUUUCCUGUGAACUUCAAUCAGAUCUAAAACAGCUUUACCAGAGAGAUCUGUGGACUAAUCGAACACUCCUCAAUCAUGUAAAACAGUCUUAAUAAAGUACAUGUCAUAAA